GCCGGGGGCGGGGCCGAGAUGGUAACGGACGCGCCCGGGAUCCGCGCCGCAGGGAGGGCCGCAGUGUGACCGCUGCCGCCGGCGCUUUCUCCCGGUGGCCCUGCGGCUCCGCUUCUGCCAUGAUGAUCCACGGCUUUCAGAGCAGCCACCAGGACUUCUCCUUCGGGCCUUGGAAGCUGACGGCGGCCAAGACCCACAUCAUGAAGUCUGCGGAUGUGGAGAAAUUAGCUGAUGAAUUGCAUAUGCCAUCCCUCCCUGAAAUGAUGUUUGGAGACAACGUUCUAAGAAUCCAGCAUGGUUCCGGCUUUGGGAUUGAGUUCAAUGCUACAGAUGCAUUGAGAUGUGUGAACAACUACCAAGGCAUGCUCAAAGUAGCCUGUGCUGAAGAGUGGCAGGAAAGUAGGACGGAGGGUGAACACUCCAAAGAAGUAAUUAAACCAUAUGACUGGACCUAUACAACAGAUUAUAAAGGAACGUUACUCGGAGAGUCUCUUAAGUUAAAGGUUGUACCUACAACAGAUCAUAUAGAUACAGAGAAACUAAAAGCCAGAGAACAGAUUAAAUUUUUUGAAGAAGUUCUCCUGUUUGAAGACGAAUUGCAUGAUCAUGGAGUUUCCAGCCUGAGUGUGAAGAUUAGAGUAAUGCCUUCCAGCUUUUUUCUGCUCUUGCGGUUUUUCUUGAGAAUUGAUGGAGUGCUCAUCAGAAUGAAUGACACACGGCUUUACCAUGAGGCUGACAAGACCUACAUGUUACGAGAAUAUACAUCACGAGAGAGCAAAAUUGCUAACUUAAUGCAUGUUCCACCUUCCCUCUUCACGGAACCUAAUGAAAUAUCACAAUAUUUACCAAUCAAGGAGGCAGUUUGUGAGAAGCUAGUAUUUCCAGAAAGAAUUGACCUUAACCCUGCAGACUCACAAAGUACAGCCUUGGAGUAGAGCGGGUACAGCACAUUGUCUGCGUGGAGCCUGACUGGGCACCUUGACUAUUUGUAGGGUUUUCUUACUGUGAGAAUUAAUUUCCUUGCUUAUGCGCAGAUUUUCUGUAGCCUUAAAGGAAAAGAAAAGAUUGAUGCAGGCAGGUUCCACUCAACUCCUAUUUAUACUGUCUGUUUUCCAAUUCCUACUCCAGAGAUACAUGCUCUGGAGCUAAAUUUGGAUUCCUAAAUUAUCACAAAUUGUGACCUCAGCAGUGAUGUGAAUGUGUCUCAAGAGGGACAUGACCGGCAUCCAUCGUGAAGUGUCGUCUUCUGCUGUGAAGAGACUGACCUUAAAUUCCAUCACUGAACCCGAUGCCCUGUGACCUGCAUAGGAUUCUGACUGCAUGCCGAUGUACUGUCCUGGCUCUUGGCUGUGGGCUUUCUGGUGUAUUCACACUUCUGAGAGUUGUGACUUGUCACCUAGGAAACUAAUCUUGUAUUAUUCAUUAGUUGGAGUUUCUGAGCAACAUCAUAUUGUGUGUGUUUGUACACACAUGUAUUUUUAAAACUUUUCAUUUAAAUGUCUUUGAGUAGUGUUAGAUUACUUAUUUUGAUAAUUCAUUGUUAAGAAUUGUGGAGAAUGAAAAUAAUUGAUUUUUUUUUUUUUUUAAUAAAAAGAGGUGGAGAGUGGGAAGGAUGAGUGUUUUCUGAAGAUUUUAUUAGAGUGUUCCUGUGAGGAGUACCAAGGUGUGUGUUUGGCCAUUUCUAAAUACGACAUAUACCAUUUUAUAUUUAUUUGUCCAAGUGUCUUUUGUAAGAGGAGAAUAAAUAAUAAGAAAUUA